CUUGAAUGACUUUCAAAUUAAAUCGAAAAUUGACACAUAGAAAAGCUAUGCAUCACUUCAGUCUGCUGCAGCGGCGCCAUAAAUAGCCCUAACCAGCACAAAUAGUUUUCGUCGACGGCGGCUCAUUCAAUUACGCAGAUCACUUCACCUCUCACAGGUUUCAGAAGACAUAAAGAUGAAUGCUUACAAGGCUUACAAAGCAUGUGCUCCAAUAGCAUGGAGUCCCAACCUCUACAUAACUCUGGUGAGGGGAAUUCCAGGAACCAGGAAACUUCACAGGCGCACUUUAGAAGCAUUGCGUUUAGGAAAAUGCAAUCGAACUGUUAUGAGAUGGAAUACUCCUACUGUUAGAGGAAUGCUUCAACAGGUUAAAAGAUUGGUUGUAAUUGAGACUGAAGAAAUGUUUAAAGCACGUAAAGAAAAAGAAGCACAACACCGUGCCUGUCGUCCACCUUUGGUUGUGACCCAUGUUCCUGUUCCUGCAAGCAACUCUUCUCAACAGGCUGCUUAAGUCAUAAGUGCUUAAUAUCUUUUUGUGAUUUCCUUUUGGGUAUCAGAUGCACAUUUCAAGCUGAUGUGUGGAAGGUGGUCUAAGUUCUUUUCUGAUAAAGCACUAAUAUCCUGUAGUUGAUAACAUUUGCAGAUCAUUCAGUUUAGUUAAGGUACACAUAAUAUGAAGGAAAGCUACCUUUUUUUUUUGAAAAUGCAUAAAUUUGUAAUGUUCUACUUCUACUCUUCUAGCUAUAGACCUAUUCCUUAUAUGAAAUACUUGAUUUGUUUCUUGGCAUAUUUAUAAAUGCUCAGAUGAAUAAGUACUAAAGUAAUACCUUGAAUCUUCUAAAGAA